AUGACAUGUGCAUUCCGGUACAAUGGACUCUCCUUCGUCUACCUCAUCUACCUCUUGCUCAUCCCUCUGUUUUCAGAACCAACAAGAGCGACAAUGCAAGGACACACGGGACGGUUGUUAAAGUCUCUGUGCUUCACCAGUCUUUCCUUCCUGAUACUGCACAUCAUUUUUCACAUCACGUUGGCUAGCCUCGAAGCUCAACACCAUAUUGCACCUGGUUACAACUGCUCCACGUGGGAAAAGACAUUUCGGCAGAUUGGCUUUGAAAGCUUAAAGGGAGCUGACGCUGGCAAUGGGAUCAGAGUGUUUGUGCCUGAUAUUGGGAUGUUCAUCGCUAGUCUGGCCAUCUGGCUCAUCUGCAGAAACAUCGUUCAGAAACCAGUGACAGAAGAAGCAGCACAGUAUAACCUGGAGUUUGAAAAUGAAGAACUGGCUGGAGGAGAAAAACUAGAUCCAGAAGAGGCACUGAUCUAUGAAGAGGGUUUAGACGAAGGAGAUGGUGUUGAAGGCGAGAUGGAAGAAAGCACAAAACUGAAAAUCUUCCGCAGGUUUGCCUUUGUGGCUUCCAAGCUGAAGGAGUUUAUUGGCAACAUGAUAACCACCGCUGGAAAAGUAGUUGUGACAAUUUUACUGGGUUCAUCAGGUAUGAUGCUGCCAUCUUUGACCUCAUCUGUCUACUUUUUUGUAUUUUUGGGUCUGUGCACCUGGUGGUCCUGGUGCCGGACAUUCGACCCAUUGCUGUUCAGCUGUCUCUGUGUUCUCCUGGCUAUUUUCACUGCGGGACACUUGAUUGGACUUUAUUUAUACCAGUUCCAAUUCUUUCAAGAAGCAGUUCCACCCAAUGACUACUAUGCAAGGUUGUUUGGUAUCAAAUCAGUGAUUCAAACAGACUGUUCCAGCACGUGGAAGAUCGUGGCAAACCCAAACCUAUCAUGGUACCACCACGCCAACCCCAUCCUGCUGCUGGUGAUGUACUACACGCUGGCCACUCUGAUCCGCCUCUGGCUGCAGGAGCCACUUGUGCAGGAUGAGAGAACCAAGGAGGAGAGAGCCCUGGCCUGUAGUCCCAUCCAAAUGACAGCUGAGAGGAGGCGGAGCCUGUGGUAUGCAACCCAUUACCCAACUGACGAGAGAAAACUUUUAUCCAUGACCCAAGAUGACUACAAGCCAUCUGAUGGCCUGCUGGUGACCGUGAAUGGCAACCCUGUGGAUUACCACACCAUCCACCCGAGUCUUCCCAUCGAGAACGGCCCUGCCAAAGCCGAGCUGUACUCCACGCCGCAGUACCGGUGGGAGCCCUCGGAUGACUCUGCAGAAAAGAAAGAGGAAGAAGAGGAUGAGAAAGAAGAAUUUGAAGAGGAUAGGAGCCAUGAAGAAAAAACAAGCGUGAAAGUGCACGCCAUGGUCUCUGUGUUCCAGUUUAUUAUGAAACAAAGUUACAUCUGUGCCCUCAUUGCCAUGAUGGCUUGGAGCAUCACCUACCACAGCUGGCUGACUUUCGUGCUGCUGAUUUGGUCAUGCACUCUCUGGAUGAUCCGCAACAGAAGAAAAUAUGCCAUGAUCAGUUCUCCUUUUAUGGUUGUCUAUGCAAAUCUAUUGCUGGUAUUACAGUACAUAUGGAGUUUUGAACUUCCAGAAAUUAAAAAGGUCCCAGGAUUUUUAGAAAAGAAAGAGCCAGGAGAACUUGCCUCAAAGAUACUUUUCACCAUUACUUUUUGGCUACUGCUGAGGCAACACCUCACCGAGCAAAAAGCUCUUCAAGAAAAGGAAGCUCUUUUAUCUGAGGUCAAAAUUGAAACUCAGGAAAUUGAAGAAAAAGAUGACGAACAAGAUACACAAGUGGAAGGAGAGGCUGAAGAGAAGGGGGAAGAAGAGGAAGAAAUGGAAGAGAAGCAAGAGAGUAAGAAAGAAGAGGAGGAGGAGGUGGAAGAAGAUGAUGACCAGGACAUCAUGAAAGUCCUUGGCAAUUUGGUGGAGGCCAUGUUCAUUAAGUACUGGAUCUACGUCUGUGGAGGAAUGUUCUUCUUUGUCAGCUUCGAGGGUAAAAUUGUGAUGUACAAAAUCAUCUACAUGGUGCUGUUUCUGUUCUGUGUGGCCUUGUAUCAGGUGCACUAUGAAUGGUGGAGAAGAAUUCUAAAAUAUUUUUGGAUGUCUGUGGUUAUUUACACUAUGCUGGUGCUUAUCUUUAUAUACACAUAUCAGUUUGAAAACUUCCCAGGCCUGUGGCAAAAUAUGACUGGAUUGAAAAGAGAAAAGCUUGAGGAUCUCGGCUUAAAGCAGUUCGGCAUGGCUGAACUAUUCACUCGCAUAUUCAUCCCAACCUCCUUUCUGCUGGUGUGCAUUUUACACCUUCACUAUUUCCAUGACCGGUUCCUGGAACUCACAGACCUAAAUUGCAUUCCCAGCAAGGAAGACAGCCCCAUCUACAGGCUGGCCCACCCUGAAGGAAGCCUGCCAGACCUCGCCAUGCUGAACCUGACCCUGACCGCCAGCCCAGAGAAGCUGGAGGGAAAGCAGGAGGCUGAGUUUGGUGAGGAGAAACCAGAGGGAUGCUCUGAAAAAGUGGAAAAGGGUGAACUUGGGAAAGACAGCGAGGAGGAGGAGGAGGAAGAAGAAGAAGAUGAAGAGGAGGAAGAGACAUCAGAUUUAAGGAACAAAUGGCAUCUGGUGAUUGACCGCCUCACAGUGCUCUUCCUCAAGUUCCUGGAGUACUUUCACAAGCUGCAGGUGUUCAUGUGGUGGAUUUUGGAGUUGCACAUCAUCAAAAUUGUUUCAUCGUACAUUAUCUGGGUCUCUGUGAAAGAGGUGUCUGUGUUCAACUAUGUAUUUUUGAUUUCUUGGGCUUUUGCUCUGCCAUACACCAAGCUACGCCGUCUGGCUUCAAGUGUCUGCACUGUCUGGACAUGUGUGAUCAUCGUCUGCAAAAUGUUGUACCAGCUGCAAACCAUUAAGCCUGAGACUUUUUCUGUUAACUGUUCCUUGCCAAAUGAGAAUGAAACAGACAUACCCCUCAACCAGUUGAACAAGUCUCUACUCUACAACGCUCCUGUGGAUCCAACAGAGUGGGUGGGCCUGAGGAAGUCUUCGCCGUUGCUCGUCUACCUGAGGAAUAACCUGCUGAUGCUGGCCAUUCUGGCCUUUGAGGUCACAGUUUACCGCCAUCAGGAGUACUACCGGGGGCGAAACAACCUCACGGCCCCUGUAUCCAAAACCAUCUUUCAUGACAUCACAAGACACCAUCUGGAUGAUGGAAUUAUUAAUUGUGCCAAAUAUUUCAUAAAUUACUUCUUCUACAAGUUUGGUCUGGAGACCUGUUUCCUACUGUCAGUCAAUGUAAUCGGUCAGCGAAUGGAUUUCUAUGCCAUGAUUCACGCCUGCUGGCUGAUCGCUGUCUUGUAUCGACGCAGAAGAAAAGCCAUCGCGGAGAUCUGGCCCAAGUACUGCUGCUUCCUGGCGUGCAUCAUCACGUUCCAGUACUUCAUCUGCAUCGGCAUCCCCCCUGCGCCCUGCAGAGAUUACCCAUGGAGAUUCAAGGGUGCCAACUUCAAUGACAACAUCAUAAAGUGGCUGUACUUCCCAGAUUUCAUUGUGCGGCCCAACCCUGUGUUUCUCGUCUAUGACUUCAUGCUGCUUCUGUGUGCCUCCUUACAAUGGCAGAUUUUUGAGGAUGAAAAUAAGGCUGCAGUGCGAAUCAUGGCGGGGGACAAUGUGGAGAUUUGCAUGAGCCUUGAUGCGGCCUCCUUCAGCCAAUAUAACCCAGUCCCAGAUUUCAUUCACUGCAGAUCAUACUUAGACAUGUCCAAAGUGAUCAUCUUUAGCUACCUCUUCUGGUUCGUCCUCACAAUCAUCUUCAUCACUGGGACAACAAGGAUCAGCAUCUUUUGCAUGGGUUACUUGGUGGCCUGCUUCUAUUUCCUGCUCUUUGGGGGUGAUUUGCUAUUGAAGCCUAUCAAGAGCAUCCUGCGUUAUUGGGACUGGCUGAUUGCUUACAACGUCUUUGUGAUUACGAUGAAAAACAUACUGUCAAUAGGAGCAUGUGGAUACAUCGAAAAAUUGGUUAAAAAUAGUUGCUGGUUGAUCCAGGCUUUCAGCCUGGCCUGCACAGUCAAAGGCUAUAAAAUGCCUGAUGCUGAUUCCUCAUGUAAACUACCCAGUGGUGAAGCAGGAAUCAUUUGGGACAGUAUAUGUUUUGCCUUCCUCCUGCUGCAGAGAAGAGUUUUUAUGAGUUACUAUUUCCUACACGUUGUGGCGGAUAUAAAAGCUUCACAGAUCCUGGCAUCGAGAGGGGCUGAACUUUUCCAGGCCACAAUUGUAAAGGCUGUGAAAGCAAGAAUUGAGGAAGAGAAAAAGUCAAUGGAUCAGCUGAAGAGGCAGAUGGAUCGCAUUAAGGCCAGGCAACAGAAAUACAAAAAGGGUAAGGAGAGGAUGCUGAGCUUGACCCAGGAGUCAGGGGAAGGCCAAGACAUCCAAAAACUCUCUGAAGAGGAUGACGAAAGAGAAGCAGACAAACAGAAAGCCAAGGGCAAAAAAAAGCAGUGGUGGCGGCCUUGGGUUGAUCAUGCUUCCAUGGUCAGGAGUGGAGACUAUUAUUUGUUUGAAACGGAUAGUGAAGAGGAGGAAGAAGAAGAAUUAAAAAAGGAAGACGAAGAACCUCCAAGAAAGUCAGCUUUCCAGUUUGUUUAUCAAGCCUGGAUUACUGACCCUAAAACAGCACUCCGACAGCGGCGCAAAGAGAAAAAAAUGUCUGCAAGAGAAGAACAGAAAAGACAGAGAAAAGGAUCUGGGGAGGGUCCUAUGGAGUGGGAAGACCAAGAGGAUGAACCAGUCAAAAAGAAAUCGGAUGGACCAGAUAAUAUCAUCAAGAGGAUAUUUAAUAUUCUGAAAUUUACCUGGGUGCUCUUUUUGGCAACCGUGGAUAGUUUCACAACUUGGCUUAACUCCAUUUCAAGGGAGCAUAUUGAUAUAUCUACAGUUUUGAGAAUUGAAAGAUGCAUGCUGACCAGAGAAAUUAAAAAGGGCAACGUUCCCACUCGGGAAAGCAUCCACAUGUACUAUCAGAACCACAUCAUGAACCUUUCCAGAGAGUCUGGACUGGACACAAUUGACGAUCGUCCUGGUGUCGCUUCAGGUGCACAGACAGCCCACAGGAUGGAUAGCUUAGAUUCACAUGACAGUAUCUCCAGCGAGCCCACGCAGUGCACCAUGCUGUACUCGCGCCAGGGGACCACCGAGACCAUCGAGGAGGUGGAGGCCGAGCAGGACGAGGUGGAGGCCAGCCAGGACGUGGAGGCCCAGCAGGACGAAGACAUGGGGGUCCAGGACAGCGACGAUGAGGAGGGCAGUGAGUCUGAGGUGGACAUGGGGCCGGAUGGGCUUGAGGGGUCCGAGGAGGAGGCGGACGAGGAGGCAGAUGAGGAGGCGGAGGAGGAAGAGGCAGAGGAGGCCCAGGACUCCGAGGAGUCCGAGGAGGCCGGCCUCACCCCGGACACUGAGUUGCCGCAGUCCUUCGCCGAGGACGGCGACAUGGAGGUCCCGCCGUCCUACAGCAAGGCGGUCAGCUUUGAGCGCCUGUCCUUCGGCUCGCAGGACGACUCCGCGGGGCCGAGCCACAUGGCCGUCAGCCCCGACGACAGCCGCUCCUUGGACAGGCUGGGGCCCAGCAUCUUACCGUCCCUGACGCACGAGCUGACGGCCAGCGAGCUGCUGCUGAACAAGAUGUUCCACGAUGAUGAGCUUGAAGAGUCGGAGAAAUUCUACGUGGACCAGCCGCGGUUCUUGCUGCUGUUCUACGCCAUGUACAACACCCUGGUGGCCCGCUCGGAAAUGGUGUGCUACUUUGUGAUCAUCCUGAACCACAUGGUCUCUGCCUCCGUAAUCACCCUGGUGCUCCCCAUUCUGAUCUUCCUCUGGGCCAUGCUGUCCGUCCCGAGGCCCAGCAGACGGUUCUGGAUGAUGGCCAUUGUCUACACAGAGGUGACAAUUGUGAUCAAGUAUUUCUUCCAAUUUGGGUUCUUUCCCUGGAAUCAGCUGGUGGAAUUGAACAAGGACAAACCUUUAUACCCAACUAAUAUUAUAGGUGUGGAAAAGAAAGAUGGUUAUGUUCUUUAUGAUCUCAUUCAGCUCCUGACUCUUUUCUUCCAUCGAUCAAUUUUGAAGUGCCACGGCCUAUGGGAUGAAGAUGACAUUACCGACAGUGGGACCGACAAGGAAGAGUCAGAUGAUGAGCUGUCCCUCAGUCACGGCAGAAGGGACUCCUCUGAUUCUCUGAAAUCCAUCAACCUGGCUGCGUCCACGGAGUCAGUGCACGUGUCCUUCCCUGAGCAGCUGACGGCUGUUCGCAGGAAACGUUCCAACAGCAGCUCCCAGAUAUCCCACAGAUCCAGCUUUUCUUCAAAUAGGUCUCAAAGAGGCAGCACAAGCACCCGAAACAGCAGUCAAAAAGGAAGCAGUGUUUUGAGCAUCAAGCAAAGAAGCAAAAGGGAACUUUACCUGGAAAAGCUUCAAGAACAUUUAAUCAGAGCAAAAGCACUUACCAUAAAGAAGACUCUGCAAAUAUAUGUGCCCAUCAGACAGUUCUUCUACAACCUCAUCCACCCAGACUACAGCGCCGUGACCGACGUAUAUGUGCUUAUGUUCCUGGCUGACACUGUUGACUUCAUCAUCAUCGUCUUUGGCUUUUGGGCCUUCGGGAAACACUCAGCAGCCGCAGACAUCACCUCUUCUCUGUCUGAGGACCAGGUGCCCGGGCCGUUUCUGGUGAUGGUCCUCAUUCAGUUUGGAACCAUGGUGGUGGACCGAGCACUGUACCUCAGAAAGACUGUAUUGGGAAAGGUCAUUUUUCAGGUCAUUCUUGUGUUUGGAAUUCACUUCUGGAUGUUCUUCAUCUUGCCUGUAGUGACUGAGAGGAAAUUCAGCCAGAACCUGGUUGCUCAGCUUUGGUACUUUGUGAAAUGUGUUUACUUUGGGUUGUCUGCCUACCAAAUCCGUUGUGGCUACCCAACACGAGUGCUUGGAAACUUCCUCACAAAGAGCUACAAUUACGUCAACCUCUUCCUGUUUCAAGGGUUCCGCCUUGUUCCAUUUUUGACUGAGCUAAGGGCUGUGAUGGACUGGGUGUGGACAGACACGACCUUGAGCCUCUCCAGCUGGAUCUGUGUGGAGGACAUCUAUGCUCACAUAUUCAUCCUGAAGUGUUGGCGGGAGUCGGAAAAAAGAUACCCUCAGCCCCGGGGGCAGAAGAAGAAGAAAGUGGUGAAGUACGGCAUGGGAGGCAUGAUCAUCGUUCUGCUCAUCUGUAUUGUCUGGUUUCCUCUUCUCUUCAUGUCUUUGAUCAAAUCUGUCGCCGGGGUGAUCAACCAGCCCCUGGAUGUCUCGGUCACAAUUACCCUGGGAGGUUACCAGCCUAUUUUCACAAUGAGUGCCCAGCAAAGCCAGCUGAAAGUUAUGGACAAUACCAAGUUUAAAGCCUUUAUAAAAGCUUUCUCUAGUGACACUGGUGCUAUGCAAUUUCUGGAAAAUUAUGAAAAAGAAGACAUAACAGUAGCAGAACUGGAAGGAAACUCAAAUUCUUUAUGGACCAUCAGCCCUCCCAGUAAGCAGAAAAUGAUACACGAACUCCUGGACCCCAAUAGUAGCUUCUCUGUUGUUUUUUCAUGGAGUAUUCAGAGAAACAUGAGUCUGGGUGCAAAAGCAGAAGUAGCAACAGAUAAGCUUACUUUUCCUCUUAAAAAUAUUACUCGAGAGAAUAUAGCUAAAAUGAUAGCUGGCAACGACACACAAAGUUCAACAACACCAGUGACUAUCGAAAGGAUCUACCCAUAUUAUGUGAAAGCACCUAGUGAUUCUAACUCCAAACCUAUAAAGCAACUUUUAUCUGAAAAUAAUUUCAUGAAUAUCACCAUCAUUUUGUCCAGAGAUAAUACAGUUAAAUCUAAUAGUGAGUGGUGGGUUCUCAAUCUGACUGGAACUAGACUCUACAAUCAGCAUGCCCAGGCCUUAGAGCUGGUGGUCUUCAAUGACAAAGUCAGUCCCCCCAGUCUGGGCUUCCUGGCUGGCUAUGGUAUCAUGGGACUGUAUGCUUCCGUUGUUCUUGUGAUUGGGAAGUUUGUUCGCGAGUUCUUCAGUGGGAUUUCUCACUCCAUCAUGUUUGAAGAGCUUCCCAACGUGGACCGAAUUUUGAAGUUGUGCACAGACAUUUUUUUAGUUCGAGAGACAGGGGAACUGGAACUAGAGGAGGAUCUCUAUGCCAAAUUAAUAUUCCUCUACCGCUCACCAGAAACCAUGAUCAAAUGGACUAGAGAAAAGACAAAUUGAUACCUUAGGACACAGACUGCAAAUCAAGAUACCAUUUGAAUUUUCAAAAACAAAAAAAAGCACAAUAUUCUCAUAAGAGCUAUGCAUUUCUCAUUCGAUGGGAAUGGAUUCUCUUCUGACAGGCGGCCAAAGGGAGUUGGCUUCCUUUUGUCGUCAAAGCUACCUUGCAGGUUCAGGCGCUGUUGAAAAAGUUAUUUGUAAUUCCAUUUCUCUGAAUCAGGGCUACUUGGUUUAUGUUUUAAUCAACAGUGUCUUGCAUUCUGAUAGACUAUGUGAAGGAAUCAUUGAUGGAUCUCCUCCCUCAGAGAAACAGAAGAGAAGAAGGAAGAAGGAAGGAGGCCAUGUUUUCCUGUGCGGGGGACCUUGCCCUUCCUGAAGAGAUGCUACAAUACAGGCCACAGCGCUCUGUCGCCAAUGGGGAAGCUGCUAUGGGAAGAAUAGAUGGACCUCAGCACAACCCGGAUAUGCAACAGCAAUAGGAGGCUGAAAACUCCUAAACAUUUCUAGGAGGAAAAGAGAGAGGGAGCUGAUGAGCCUUGAAGAUGCCAGUGGAUGGAUAAGCCUCAUUCUAAGCAAAAAGAUAACUUAGUGACACUCUUACUGCCUUAUCUUAACUGAAGAUUAAUAAAUUUUUUUCCCAUUAAACACCAGUGACUUCUCAGGAAAAAAAAAAAAGCAGCAAAACAAAUAUGUGGACACUGGCUUUGUUGAGACCCAGCUAGUGAUUCACGUCAAUGGUGGUGGCUGUUCUACUUCAGAGAGCUCAUUACUGCUCCUGGUGAAACACAGACAAGAAGUAGAAAGAUGGAAAAUGCCGCCCAGCAGAGGUGGAGUACCUUGACUUUGUAACUCUUUAUUAACUGAGGUCAUGAGCACUCUUCUACCUUCUCCAUCCCCCAACAUGCUUUUUCCCAUUUCGAUGAUUUAAAGCAAUGGUUUUCCAGUAUGUGACAUUUUCCUUCCUGUUUUUCAGGUAUAUCAAAGAGUUUACAUAUUCCAAUUCACAUUUUUACAUCUGAGACGGGUUUUUUAAGUUCAUAAUUAUGAAAGAAAUAUGUAUAUUGAGCUUGGGGAAAUAAACAAUGGCCUUUUCUUAAAUUAUUGUUAUUGGUAAUACAACCUCUUCAUUAAAUAACAUUGUAGCAUGGAAAUUUAUGACUGAAAUGUAGUUUUCAUUCCAUAUUAAAAUACAGUUUCUGAGAAGAAUCACUGAAUGGACUAGAAUAUGACAAGAAAAAUGAUCCUAUGUAGUUUGGGUUCAGGACUGACUCAAAA